GGCUUGGCUCUGAGGGGCCGGUGGUGUGAGCCCAUGGCGGCAGGGCCGGGCCGUGAGGGGAGCAGGCAUCCCUGGCCCUGGGGAGGGCAAUAUUCCCCCCGAGGGAACCCUCCCCCCUCCCGAGGGGAGGGAUCGGUGGUGGUUUCCCGACCCCACACCUGCCUUAGGGCCGAGGAGCCGGGCUUGGGAGCGCUGGGAAGGGGGGGAGCCAUGUCCAGGGGUGGUUCUUCCAGUGUUCCCAGCCCUUCUGGUGAGUGGGAGUGAGCUCCUCUUUGCUCUCCUCGCCCUUGUGCUCCCGGCCUUAAGGCUGAGAUGCAGAGUCACUAAUUAGGGAGCUGGCAUCAGGGGUGCGUUGGGGUUCGGCACGUGGGAAGGGCAGGGUGAGAGGUGCUGGGGGAAAACGGUGGAUGUGGGGCUACACCAGGAGCCCCCAACUGGGUUGGGAACUGCAGGGAUUUGGGAAAAACCUCUCUGGGGAUUGCUCUGGAAGCUCCCUUUGUUGGCUGCAGGAUGAACGUCGGCGUGGCGCACAGCGAGGUGAACCCCAACACCAGGGUGAUGAACAGCCGGGGCAUCUGGCUGGCCUACGUCAUCUCCGUGGGGGUCCUCCACGUCGUUCUCCUCAGCAUCCCCUUCUUCAGCAUCCCCGUGGUCUGGACGCUCACCAACGUCAUUCACAACCUGGUGAUGUACCUGCUGCUGCACACGGUGAAGGGGACCCCCUUCGAGACCCCAGACCAGGGCAAGGACCGUCUCCUCACGCACUGGGAGCAGAUCGACUACGGGACGCAGUGCACCUCCUCCCGCAAGUUCCUCAGCAUCUCCCCCGUGGUGCUGUACCUCCUCACCAGCUUCUACACCAAAUACGACCCCGCGCACUUCCUGGUCAACACGGCCUCCCUGCUCAGCGUCCUGCUGCCCAAACUGCCCCAGUUCCACGGCGUGCGUGUCUUCGGCAUCAAUAAAUACUGAGACCCACCA